AUGAACGCCGACGACUUCUCCGACCUGUCUUCGCCGUUGAGCUCGGUUCCCAGCUCUCCUCUCAGCUCUCCUCCAAGCUCGCCCAUCUUACCUCCUGCCUGGCAAGACCUGACUCCCCCACCGUCACAGCAUGCCGGCGACGAAAUGCCACCUGCUCGCAAGCGCCGGAAAAUUGAACCCAGGGUUCGCACAACCCAGCACCUGGACCUCACGUCAGACACGGCGCAGUCGGAGUAUGAUCGAUCCGAAGCUCUAGACACCCUCCUGAAGGCUUUGCGCAACAGGAGGAAAAUCGUGGUCAUUGCAGGCGCCGGCAUCUCCGUCUCAGCUGGCAUACCAGAUUUCAGAUCAUCCGACGGACUAUUCAGGAGCUUGAGGGACGAGCACAAACUGAAAAGCUCUGGUAAAAUGCUUUUCGAUGCGUCCGUCUACAAGGAUGAUCAUUCAACUUCCAGUUUCCAUGACAUGGUGCGCAAGCUUUCCACCAUGGCUGAAAAUACCAAGCCGUCUGCUUUCCACCGCUUCCUGGCCAGACUUGCUGUCGAAGGUCGCCUAUUACGCCUCUAUACUCAGAAUGUCGACGGCCUGGAAACGUCUCUACCUCCCCUAGCAACCCAAGUACCCCUCAGCCACAAAGCGCCAUGGCCGCAAACUAUCCAAUUGCAUGGCGGGUUGGAGAAGAUGAUGUGUCAAAAGUGCAGACAUGUUUCUGAUUUCCAAGCCCAUCUCUUCAACGGACCUACCCCACCACUUUGCCCACAAUGUGUCGCGGCGGAUACCGUACGAACAACACAUGCGGGCAAGCGAAGUCACGGUGUGGGAAGGUUACGACCUAGAAUUGUUCUAUACAACGAACAUAAUCCUGACGAUGAAGCCAUUGGUGCUGUAACGAGAGCCGAUUUUCGGACAAGACCUGACGCGGUAAUCGUUGUUGGAACGAGCAUGAAAAUCCCAGCGGUACGAAGAAUCGUCCACGAAAUGUGUCAGAUUGUCAGAGACCGACGAGAAGGCACUACGAUAUGGCUCAAUAGAGACCCGGUUCCCCCUGGCAAGGACCUCGAGAACUGCUGGGACCUCAUUGUGAAGGCGGAUUCCGAUGACGUGGCGAGAUUAGCAGGCUUGAAAGAAUGGGACGAUUCCAGCCCUGAUGUGACAGAGCCCUACACCGAAACCGAUCUCGAGAAGGUCAAAUCAAGUCAAGGAGAAAUCGAGGUGGUCAUUUCCGGGUCUCCCAAGAAGGAGGAAAGACCUGCUCAACCGUUGUUACCUUCCGCUGUUCCAAACACGAUGACUCCACCGCGCAGCCAGAACGGAGGGGACGUUCCAAAGAAAUCUAGGGAGAGCCAAUCUUCGAGUGCCUCGCCUGUGCGGAUCAAGUUAUUUGUCUCGGACCGGAGCAAGGCCUCUGCACAGGUCAAGAACGCGGCCAGUUCGGGCAGGUCUCUCGCCGAUGUGCUGUGUGGAAAAGAGAACAAGGUCAAAUCUACCAAGUCCAAGACUUCUCUCAACAGGAAGCCGAAGGUCACCAAGAUCCGAGCUCGCAACAAUCCUCGAUCACAGACAUUGAUCACAGGCAAGAUCACGAAAUCAAGCGCCGUGGAGAAUACGGUAAACAAAAAGCCGCUGCCGGAACCGUUGUCGCCUCGUCGCGAUUCGAAUGAAACUCUCAUUCCUCCUCAGAAAUCGGAGUAUUCCAGUCUAGAAGGGAGCCCUGCACCAGAAACGCCGCCCUCGAUGAACGAUGAGUGGCAGAAACGGGAAACAGUGUCUCCUACAGGAAGGAUACCGUCCGACAUGGUCAAGCUACUGAACUAA